AGAUGGCAACUAACGAAAAGUGAGGUUAAGUUGACAUGUGAAUUUUAGCGAGUUUCAAGCUAUUUUGUUGUUACAAUUUAAUAGAGUGAAUAUACUCAAUAUUAAUUUUAUCUCUUACUGAAUAUAAGUGAAUUUAUUGAAAAUGGUUGCUAUAAAAGCGAAAACACCGCUGAUGACGGAGAAUAAGAACAAGAAAAAUAAAAAAUCCGCCAAAGUUGAGAAACGCAAAAAGACCAAACCUCAAAAAGCUGUAGUGACUCCGGUACCGGUAAUAAAAACUGAGAAGAAAAUUCCUGAUCCGUCGAAAAAGGAACCCGCGCCGAAAAAACCUGUAGUAAAGACAGAAAAAAAAGAAAAAGAGAAAAAAGUUCCUGUUGAAAUUAAAAAGGAAUUCUCACCCAAAAAGAAAGUCAAAUAUGUAAUGCCUUCAGAGAACAUAACUGAUGAUAUCGUGAAUAACUGCCUGAAUGCAUUGCUCAAUUUUAUUGUUCCUCUUGAUAAGCAGAAAAAUGCAAUUUUUGAUGACGAAAAACCCAUAUUCGCAGAGAUACAUUGUAUCAAAAUACAAAACACAAGAGGCAAUGUGAGAUUAUUAUUGCCACAUAGUACUAUUGCUUCAACAGGCGAAGUAUGCUUAAUCACACCAGACAUAAAGAAAGGUAGAAAACAUGACCAUGAGCCAACAAUUGACCGUUGGGAAGAAAUAUUGAGAAAAGAAGGUGUGACUGGAGUUAAAACAGUACUCCCAGUCAGACAGUUAAGAGUAGAGUAUGACCAGUUUGAACUGAAACGCAGACUUUUGACACAGCAUGAUUUCAUCAUGGUGGACACAAGAGUGUUGAGCCAUGUAUCACAUCUUCUAGGAAAGAUGUUCUUCAAAAAACACAAUAUGCUCAUCCCAGUAAGAAUAAAUGAAAAUAAAAAGUUGAAGCAAAGUAUUGAGUUAGGUUUACGCACUGCCAUUUUACGGCUUGGAGAGGGAGAAACUUCUACUGUGACUAUAGGACAUACUGCUAUGCCUCAGGAAAAACUAAAAGAAAAUAUUAUAGCUUUAGUUCAUCAGCUAAAAACAAAGUUUCCUGGUGGAGAGGGAAAUAUCAGAUCUAUUUCUUUGAAGCUGCCCCUGUCUAUGUCUUUGCCAUUAUAUCUUACUCUGCGACCAUCGAGUACCAUCAAACCACCAAAACUAACACAAAAGCGUCCUAAGAACUACACAGUGGUGGAAGGUGAACUGUCUACAAUCCCUGGCCAGACUGUUAGGGUGGCUCCUGAUGGAAAUGUGCAACUGAAGAGAGCCAAAAAGAAUAAAAAAGCCAGCAAUGCAAAAAAAGAAGUUGUUGAAGAAGAUAUUGAAGAUGAAGUAGACCUAGAUCAAGAAUCAGAUGAAUCAGAAACAAAUGAUGAUUAGAUCAAUAACAUUUAUUUUUUCUUUACAUACUUGUAAAAAUAACAUUACUUGAAUAAAACAUAAUUAAAAAGAAUAAAAAGAAA